GAGGCUAUCCUUCUCGGUUUCCAGCACUACCUGGUUAUGCUUGGCACCACUGUCAUCAUUCCUACUGCUCUUGUUCCUCAGAUGGGUGGAGGAAAUGAUGAGAAAGCUCAGGUGAUCCAGACAUUACUGUUUGUGGCCGGCUUAAACACUCUGUUACAGACCUUGUUUGGAACUCGUUUACAAGGCCUUCUAGUGUUCCUGAAGGAGCUUAUGUUCAGUGGGAAAUUGAGCUACUUGGCUUUGAAAUGCCUAAGGUUCUUUUGACAGAGGGAAUCUCUG